AUGUUGUAUGAAAAACUAGGUGGCAAACUUACUGUUAUAAUACGGGAUAUGAUAGUUUGUGAAAGAUUGAAUGUACCAAUGCGUGCUUUAUUUGUAGCUGAAAAAAACGAUGCAGCCAAGAGUAUCGCAGCAAUCUUAUCACGUGGUACAUCAACACGACGUGAUGGUCGUAGUCGUUUCAAUAAAAUUUACCAAUUUGUUGCAAAUGUAGGGCAAAACUCAGAUUGUUAUGUUGCGAUGACAAGUGUCUCUGGUCAUUUGCUUCAACAUAGCUUUCCAGCAUCUUUCAAAAAUUGGACCGAAACUCCGAUUAAGAUGUUGUUCGAUGUAAAUAUCCAGAAAAGUACUAUUCCCGGAAUGGAAGAUGUUAAGGCUACAUUAGUAGAGGAAAUACGAAAAUCUGAUUUGCUUGUUAUAUGGACCGAUUGUGAUCGAGAAGGUGAAGCUAUUGGAGCUGAAGUGGUUUCUGUAUGCACUGAGGUUAACCGUAACUUAGAUGUUUAUCGGGCUCGAUUUUCUGAAAUUACAAAUACAGCUGUUAAUCGUGCCCUGAAUAAUUUGGUUAGGUUGGAUCAACGGUUGGUGGAUGCCGUUGAAUGUCGUUCAGAAUUGGAUUUGCGAAUUGGUGCAGCAUUUACUCGGCUACAGACGCUUCAUUUAAGGAAUAACUUCGCUAAUAUAUUUCGGGAUAAAAAUAUCGUUAGUUAUGGUUCAUGUCAGUUUCCAACAUUAGGGUUCAUUGUGGAGCGCUAUCAAGCCAUCAAAGAAUUCAUUUCGGAAACAUUCUGGAAGAUUUCUAUGAAGCAUACUCGAGAAGAUAUUAUGGUUGAAUUUGUUUGGGAUCGUCAAAGGCUUUUUGAUCGUGAUGUUGUCCAGGUGCUCUUAGACGAUUGUGAGGAAGCAAGAGAAGCCCGAGUUUUAUCGGUAAUAAGAAAACCGAAGAGUAAAUGGAGGCCUGUCGCACUUGACACUGUUGAACUUGAAAAAUUAGCUGUUCGGAAGUUAAAAUUCAGCGCCAAAGAGACAAUGGUUGUGGCUGAACGUUUGUAUAAUAAAGGUUACAUAUCAUAUCCACGUACAGAGACAAAUAAGUUUCCGAAAGAUAUAGAUUUGAACAUUUAUGUGCAACAACAAACAGUAAGUGGAGAAUGGGGGGAAUUUGCGCAAGAGGUUGCUGCACAUGGACCAAGUCCGAGAAAUGGUUCAAAAACCGAUGAAGCACAUCCUCCGAUUCAUCCAUUAAAAUUUGCUACAACAAAUGAAUUGAUUGGACUGGAAUGGUCGCUCUACGAAUUCAUCGUACGACAUUUUCUCGCUUGUCUUUCUGUCGACGCAAAGGGACAAGAAACUAAAGUUCAGGUUCGUUUGGGCAACGAAAAUUUUACGGCAUCAGGACUUAUAGUUGAAGAUUAUGGCUAUCUAAAUGUUUAUAAAUAUGACAAAUGGGGUGAUAAAAUUCUGCCUUCUUAUCGCGAAAAUGAAAUAAUCACUGAUUAUCAGUUACAAAUAACGGAAGGACAAACCCAGCCACCUCAGUUGCUUAAUGAAGCUGAUUUGAUUGCACUGAUGGAUAAAUACGGUAUUGGAACGGAUGCAACGCAUGCGGAGCACAUUGAAACAAUUAAAACGCGUCAAUAUGCCGCAUUGAAUAGCGAUGGGCGUUUUGUUCCGGGCUAUAUUGGAUUAGCACUUGUUGAUGGAUAUGAUCGGAUGGGUUAUGCUAUGAGUAAACCUCAUAUGCGUGCUGACUUAGAAUCGCAACUGAAACUAAUUUGUCUUGGACAAAGGAAUAGGGAUGAUGUGCUUAGGGAACAGAUUGCUAGAUAUCGGGCAAUAUUUGAACAAGCAGAAGAUAAAGUUCAAAUGUUGUCAAAUGCCUUACGUCAAUAUUUGAAUCAACGUGAAAAUCUUCCUGAGACAACGAUACCGGAAAAUGAGCAGAGGAAUAAUCUGCAACCACCGAAUAACACGCGCGUCGCAACUGGUCGUGCCUCUUUAACAUCAAGAAAUACUACUUCCACAAGGCGUGGUAGAAGUGACAAAUCGGGAAGUCGUGGUGCUAGCCGAUCGACUUCCAGAACGGUUAAUAGUGGGGAACAAUUGGCAACAACCAAUGCUAAUGACAUUGAGCUUCUUUCAUCCCUCUCUAUAUUGCAUUCAAAUAGUGGAACGCGAGGACGAAAAAAGGCAAUCACCAAUGCAGGUGGUGGUUGUGUUAGAGGUCGGGUUAGAGCUGUACAAGGACGACAAUGUUCCUGUGGGAAAGCAGCAAAACGUCUGAUUGUUAAAAAGGAGGGUCCAAAUCAUGGUCGUACCUUCUGGAUAUGUCCCAAAGGUCGAGAUGAUCCUGAGAAGUGUAAAUAUUUCGAAUGGGACGGACCCAAGAAUAAUGAACCAUCAUAAAAAUGCAAUAAUUUGUUGCAUAAAUUUAACCAGUCAUCUUAUGAUUUUGUCUGUAAGAUAUAAAACGCCUG